AUGAAGCAACGAAAGUCCCCGGCUGGCAGUUCCUUAUCUCCGGUCUCGAACCUUAUGUCCGGCCUCUCACUGGGACCUGUCAUGCCAGAGACAAAGACGACCGAGCAAGCCACAGCAAUGCUCGAAGCAGUCGAACGAGAGAGAGAUCUAUUCGCAAAACAUAGGGCAGAAAUCAAGCAAAGACUCGAUGAUGUCACCGAAAUCCUCAGACAGAUCAGACUCAAGGAAGAGAAACUUGACAACACGCACAAUGCUAUCGACACCAAAAUGGAGAACAUGGACGAGAUGAUUGUGCACCUCGAAUUCGAAAAGACCGGACUCGUGAGAUGGAAGCAGGAACUCCAAAAACAACACGAUGUCAAUUCGAAACAAACCAAGAAACUCGAAAAGAGCCAAGCAGCUUUCCAAAAACAAUCGGAUCUGGUGGCACAACUCAUGCGACAACAACAGGAAACGAAAUCACUACUUGACGCUCGCGAAGAGGAAAUCAAAUCUCGUGAAGAAGCCCUGGCGCUUCGAGAGCUUGCGGUGAAGAAGGGAGAAAUAACUCUCGUCCACCGAGAACAAGCUCUAAAAGCAUACGAGCAGGAAGUUCAGAAGCAGAUCAACACAUACCUGCAAAACGAGAAUGCUUUACAGGAACGAAUGAAUGGAGUGCUGUCUCAUUAG